CGGACGUGUCGACUGUAAACCGCAGAGAACUACACACGCUACUUGCUGCGGCGCAGUCGUGGUUGGAUUUGAGGAGGGGGGGUCGAAGAAGCGCAUCCUGAAUGAUUCCCGGACGGACCCCUGCAGUUGUCGACGGAAACGUAAGGAGCUAAACGUUAUCCCGGAAAGAAGUGGGAUUUCAAAAUGGCAGAGCGUGUCAACAACUUUCCUCCGCUGCCCCAGUUUCUAAGAAUUAAGCCUUGCUUUUACCAAAAUAUCGAGGAAGAAAUUCCUGGACCUCAGCAGCUAUUAGUGCGCAGAGUCUACACGCUUUGGAUGAUGUACUCAGCUACACUUUUCAUGAAUGUGAUCUCGUGUAUUGCUUGGUGGGCCGGUGGUGGAGGGGCAACAAACUUCGGCUUUUCCCUCCUCUGGCUCGUCCUGUUCAGCCCCUGUAGUUACACCUGCUGGUUCAGACCGCUCUACAAAGCUUUCAGGGCUGAUAGCUCAUUCAACUUCAUGGCCUUCUUCUUCAUCUUCUUCCUCCAGUGCGUCUUGUCUCUCAUCCAAGCUAUAGGCAUCCCUGGCUGGGGAACAUGCGGCUGGAUUGCAACAGUGACAUUUUUCAGCACAAAUCUGGGCUCCGCUAUAGUGAUGCUUAUCACAACUGUGCUCUUCACUCUGGUGACUGCUUUAAUGGCACUGGUUCUCAUUAAGGUGCACAGACUGUACCGCGGCGGCGGCGGUAGCAUGGAGCGCGCUCAGCAAGAGUGGAGCACCGGGUUGUGGAAGAGCGCGCCGGUGAGGGAGGCGGGGUUCAACGCUGUGGCUCAGACGGCCCAAGGCCCCACUUUGCCCCAGUACCCUGCCUCCGUACCGAGCUACCCCGACAACAGCCAGUGGUGAUGCUUCGGUGUCGCCUCUAGAUGGCGACAGACAGCCGGCCAUCUACACAAAGCUCGAAACACCACAUCACUUCACCCUUACCUUUCAGAUUACUUGUGUGUUUUUUAAUGAGAGGACUCGAUAACUACAGGAGGUUUUAUGAAAGAGUUUUGUCACUAAUGCCCAGUGAAGCCCUACGACUGUAGUGGGAGAGGGAAUUUUCAACAUAUGCCAAUUCCAUUUAAACUUUGUUUACAGACAGUUCAUAAAAGCGAAUGAUAAAUAUAAUUUUAUGAUUAAAUAAAAUAUCGGUUUAUGUGUCUGGCAGAUACUCAGUUGAAGAUUGAAUAAGAACAGAUGUAGGAUAGCAGUGUGUGAUGUGUGCCUUAUGGACCUUUAUGAUAGAUUGUGUUGUGUAUUACCAGAGCUGCAUGCAAGCAGUUAUACCACGCUUAACAGCAGUUUUUCUUUUCCUUUUGUAACGAGCCUGUAAACUGCUGCACGAUUUCCUCUGGUGUUUUCUGUGUGUUGUGGCAGGACUUUAGUUUGUUUUUGAUACGUUGUUGCCACGCUUGCCUGUGAUUAUUAUUAUUUCUUUUUUUUCUGAGAUGCGCCUUUAUAUUGCGUGCAGAUUUCGCAUGUGGGGGGGAAAAAAUGACUUGCUUUACUUUCGCCUGAUAACAGAUACUGCUUUCUUUGAUUUUUUAAAUAUUUUUCUUGGUGGACUUACACGUCAGCGAAGCAGCUGAACGGUGUGAUUUGUCGCUACCACUGAUGUGCCAAAAACACUUGCCUCUUUCUAUGAUUUUGAUAUUGGAAAGGAAAAAAAAAGGCCACACCCAAAGUGCACAUUGUUUUGUGACUCUGCCUCUGUAUUUCUCGGCUUUUGUUCUUCCUGAGCUCCAGUGUUUGCUUUUUAGUGGUCAGUGCCCCGCUGUGGAAGCACCUUAUCAGCUGUUGUUCCUGUCACUUUCACUUUUUCCCCAGAUCAACCUUUUGUUUUUUGUUUCUUUUGGUUUAGUGAUUACGGUGUGCUUGCAUUGUGACUAUUGUGUUUGAACAAUAGUCUCUUACUUCUAAUUAGUUUCAACCAAUGACUGAACCAAAUAUGUCCUGCAUGUAGAUAUGGGUUGUUAAAAUGAAGUCUAAAAUUGGACAUGACUGAUUUAAAGCAUUUAGCGUGGUCGUCAAUUCAGGUAAUGUAACACUUGAGCAUAUUUUCAUCCAAUCAGAGCCUGUAUAAAGUAUAUUGUCCUGACAAGGGAGAAAAAGGUGCCUGCCUCACCGACCAACGAUUAAUUUUCUUGUUACUAAAGUGUCCUUCAUGGCCAACUGCCAAAUUUAGUAUUUUGAUUGUUCUGUUAUUUGAUAAGUGACAAAAUAAUAAUGGGUAUGUUAAACUAACCUUCAAAUAUUGCAACGUUUCAAUAAAGAUUCUUAUUGACACUG